AUGGACUGUCACCUGGAUGAACCUACUGAUGCCAGAUGCCAGAGGUUAGAAAAAGAGUGCAUCUCUGAUCGGCAACAGCUCGAGGAAUCAAAGGCACGAUGCGCCAAUCUCGAGAAAGAGUGCCACGUGCUGAGGGACGAGAACUUGUCCCUGCAACGGGAGCUCUCGAAGUCCAAGCGGGAGGCUGACAGCCUCAUGGCCGAGAAGCAGGCGCAGCUGGAUGACUUGAGGACGAAGUGUGCGACGCUCGAGAUGGAUCCCUACACCGCCAGGCACGAGACCCACUGCCUCGCCACUGAGAAGCAGGAGCUGGCUGGGGAGCUGGGCGCAGAGAGGUGA